CUUUGAGAUGAAUAAUCAUAUGUUUAACUUGUUUAUCUUUUGAAAACAAAUGUUUACUCUUAUACUCCAUAUGAAGGAGUGAAGGACUAUAUGAAUAACCAGUAGGAUCAUGUAUUCCUUCUUUUUUACCUCAUUCUGUAUUAUGCUCCUAUUCAAUUUCCAUUUUUUUAAUCCAGGAAAGAGUAUUUUGAGGUGACAUAGGCAAGGUUGAGGUCAAUGGUGGAACCAUCAUUUGCAAAAAGAUCUGUGAUUAAUCACCAUGAAUAUCUUCAAGGUGCAAGUAUUAUCACAUCUGACGCAAAUGGAAUUGAUGACAAUGAAGUGUCAACUACAGAAGGUCACCUGAUUUCAUAUGAUUAUCUUGUAAUUGCCACAGGUCACAUGGGUAGUAAAUGUGUCACAAAACCUGAGAAGCUCAGGGAGUAUGAAACAUAUAACGGAAAGAUCAAAUCUUCCGAGUCAAUAUUGAUAAUUGGAGGGGGACCCACUGGUGUGGAACUUGCAACUGAAAUUGCUGUUGAUUUUCCCACCAAAAAGGUGAAACUAGUUCACAAGGGUUCAAGAUUGCUGGAGUUUAUAGAUGAAAAGGGUAGUAAAAAGGUCCUUGAUUGGUUAACUCUAAAGAAAGUUGAGGUAAUUUUAGGUCAAUCUGUUGAUUUGACUUCCAACUCUGAUGAUGGAACUUAUAAAACAUCUGAAGGUGAAACUAUCAUGGCUGAUUGUUAUUUUAAAUGCACAAGUGAUCCGAUUGGUUCAUCAUGGCUUAAAGAGACAAGCCUCAAGGAUAGUUUGAAUGAUAGUGGGAGAUUAAUGGUUGAUGAAAACUUUAGGGUCAAAGGGUUUGAGAAUAUCUUUGCAUUUGGAGAUAUCACUGAUGUUGCAGAACUUAAACAAGGAUAUUUGGCACAAAAGCAUGCUUUGGUGGUUGCUAAAAAUUUGGAGUUGCUGAUAAAUGGAAGUGAUGGGGGCAAUAUGGUAAAGUACACUCCGGGCUCACCAACGACAAUUGUGUCAUUGGGGAGACGAGAGGCCUUGUUGCAAGUAUGGUGUGUGACAUCGAUUGGGAGAGUUCCUGAAUAUGUAGAACCUGCUAGUUUCGUAAUGGCAUUUAACAAAGCCCGAGCUGAUGGAACGCCCUUUCCUCCACCAGACAUAUCCUUUCCUAAAAGCAAUUUCGUGAACUUUUCCUUCACAAUAUCCAAAUCUGAAACUGCAACUCAAUUCUCACCCAAUUUAAUAAAACAAUCCAACAAAAUUGCAGGUUUAGGGCACAACGAAAUCAAUAAAGCAUGA